GUGUGAUCUACUUUGUGGUAAAAUUUUCUCUUGUAAGGCUCCUGACAUAUGCAGACAUAGAUAUAUCAUUCAUAAAGCUGGAUAUUGAUACAGUGGAUGCAUGCUGCUGCCUCAUACAAUGUCUGGAACAGCGUAUGCGGGGGAUCGCACCCCAAAUUCUACAGAAACAGAACUUUCUAGUAGUGAUGUUGGUGUUACUGGGAUUUUUUCUACAGAGUACCGAAAACAUGAAGAUCUGAAAAGCAUGCUGGAUGGAAAUAAAGAUGUAUUAAAACUAGAGGCAAUGAAAAGAAUUAUAGGAAUGGUCGCAAAAGGAAAAGAUGCCUCAGACCUAUUUCCAGCUGUAGUGAAAAAUGUUGUAUCCAAAAACAUUGAAGUUAAGAAACUUGUGUAUGUCUAUCUUGUAAGAUAUGCCGAGGAACAGCAAGAUUUAGCUCUUCUAUCAAUAAGUACCUUUCAAAGAGCUUUAAAGGAUCCUAAUCAGUUGAUUAGAGCUAGUGCUUUAAGAGUUUUAUCCAGCAUACGCGUUCCAGUGAUAGUACCUAUAAUGAUGCUAGCAAUUCGAGAUGCUGUGAAUGAUAUGUCUCCGUACGUGAGGAAAACUGCAGCUCAUGCCAUUCCUAAAUUAUACAAUUUGGACAUUGAGCAAAAAGAUCAACUAAUAGAAGUACUUGAGAAACUUCUUUCUGAUAAAACAACAUUAGUCAUGGGCAGUGCAGUGAUGGCAUUUGAAGAAGUUUGUCCUGAAAGAAUUGAUUUAAUUCAUAAAAAUUAUAGAAAGUUGUGCAAUCUUUUGGUAGAUGUUGAAGAAUGGGGUCAAGUUGUUAUCAUGAAUAUGCUGAUACGUUAUGCACGUACACAGUUUGCUGAUCCAAACAAAGACGAUGACUCGAAGGAGGAUGACGAUAAGCCAUUUUAUGAUUCUGAAAAUUCUCACAGUAAAGAAGAGGAGGAUGACAAAAGUGUAAAAAAAUCAUUUGUUAUGGAUCCUGACCAUAGAUUAUUAUUGCGAAACUGUAAACCGCUUCUUCAAAGUAGAAACUCUGCUGUUGUGAUGGGUGUUGUGCAAUUGUAUUAUUAUUUAGCUCCUCGUGCAGAAGUAAAUAUUGUUGCUAAAGCAUUGAUUAGGUUGACUCAUAGUCACAGAGAAAUACAGUCUGUUGUGCUUAGCACAAUAGCUACACUUACUACACGAUACAAGGGUAUGUUUGAGCCAUAUUUGAAGAGCUUCUUUGUCAGAUCUAGUGAUCCCACCCACAUAAAAUUAUUAAAGUUGGAAAUUUUAACGAAUUUGGCAACGGAAGGAAAUGUGUCUUUUAUUUUGAGAGAAUUUCAGACAUAUGUGUCCAGUCCAGACAUGGACUUUGUUGCUGCUACUGUUCAAGCAAUAGGUCGCUGUGCUAGCUCAAUUCCUGAAGUGUCUGAUACUUGCCUUAAUGGACUAGUUUCUCUGCUCUCAAAUAGAAAUGAAACUGUUGUUGCCGAAAGUGUUGUGGUGAUAAAAAAAUUACUUCAAAUGCAGAUUGCAGAUCAUAAAGAUAUUAUUAUUCACAUGUCACGGUUAAUGGAUACGAUUACUGUUCCCAUGGCCCGUGCAUCUAUUCUAUGGUUGAUUGGUGAAUAUGCUGAUAAAGUAACAAAAAUUGCUCCUGAUGUGUUACGAAAAGUUGCUAAAACAUUUUUCCAGUGAAGUAAGGAGGACAUAGUCAAGUUACAAGCAAUAAAUCUUGCUGCAAAACUUUUUCUAACUAAUGUAAAACAAACAAAGUUGCUUGUUCAGUAUGUAUUUAAUCUUGCUAAGUAUGAUACAAAUUAUGAUAUUAGAGACAGAGCUCGAUUUUUAAGGCAACUUAUCAUGCCUCAAGGUGAUAACAUCAGUUUGUCCAAACAUGCAAAGAAAAUAUUACUGGCUUCUAAACCUGCACCUGUCCUACAGUCAAAAUUUAAAGAUAGAGAUCGUUUCCAGUUAGGAUCACUUAGCCAUUACUUAAAUUCAAGAACGUCUGGCUAUUAUGAUUUACCUGGUUUCCCCGAAGAAAUUCCCGAUCCUUCAGUACGAAAUGUAGAAUCACAAAUUCCAUGGCAAGAGACGCACUUUGUCAAGAAAAAGAAAAAACAAACAGUUAAAAAGAAAUCCUUCUAUUCUGAAACAGAAUCAAGUUCUCCAGAAGGUGACUAUUUCAACAUCACAACUGUUUCUGCUAUUUUUACUCCCACAAAACAACAUGAGCUCCUGAAUAAAUAUAGUGGAAAAGGAUUGUGUGUAACUUACCGAUUCACUCGAAGUCCAAAUUUAUAUUCUGCCAAAAUGACAACUGUUGAAUUAGUCAUCAGCAACACAUCUGACAAAGAAAUUUGUGGAAUCCAUGUACCAACAAAAAAAAUUGGAAACAUUGAAAUUCAUGGAUUUUCUACUCUGUCUCCUAACUGCAGUAACAUAGUAUCACUUGGUAUUGACUAUAAUGAAAGUACUCAGCCUGCAAAGUUUGACCUUAAAACAACAGAGAAUGUGUUUUCCUUAUCAAUAAAAGCUCCUAUUGGUGAAAUCAUUCGGCCCAUUCUUCUGUCUGAAGAUGAAUUUGUUUCUGCUCAAAAUAAACUGAAAGGAAUGAAUGAGAGUUCUAGUACUGUUGAGUUACCUUCCGGUCAUGCCGAUGAGAAAGCCAUCGUCCAAUAUGUGUAUGAAGCUGCAAAUGUUGCCCAGGUCCAGAAUAAUAGCUUAGAAUCUAAAGUUCUCAGGUUUUCAAGUCAAACUCUUAGCACUAAGUGUUUAGUCCUCAUCUCCAUCCAUGUGUUGAGCAAUGGAAAAGCUACCAUUGCUGUGAACUGUGAAAAAAUGAUCAUUGGUUCAAUGUUUUUCAAAGAAUUGAAAGAAGCGUUAACAAAGUGAUAAUUGUGAAGUUAGCUUUUUAUAACUGUUUGUUUAUUGGUAAUGUGUAAAAAUAAAGCAAUAUAUUGUCACAAAGGAACUGAUUUUCUGGAGGCUCUGUACAGGAAUGAGUAUAUUUUCAUUAGCAAUUUUUCGUGUCAUCACUAUUUCUGAAGGUGAAUUUUUCCAUUUACUAUUUUUGCAUCAUGCAAACAUUCCAGUUUGUGGUAGAUUUUACAUCUCAACCUGUGAAAAUUAUUACAUGA